AGGAGGCAGGCGUGGCGCAGCCAAACCUUACGCAGGCUGCCGGCGCAUCAGUGUUAACUUCACAGACUUCAGGACGUCUCUACUCAGCAACAAGGUGGCUGACAACAACUUUGUAACGAAUUUCCCACCACGAGAUAUCUUGGCCUGGAGCACACUCGUUCUCUCUUCAGGAAUACUCAUCCAACUUCUGUGUGCAGGUGGUGUUUUCUACAACAGCAGCAUGCAGCCAGGAGUUUCAAACAAAAGCCAGCUGUUAGAUUCUCUGACAGAUUAUCUGAACAACAAGGACAGACUACAACCCAUCAUUGGAUUGGGUAGCAUAAUAGAAUGUGUAAAAGCGGGUGCACAGACCAGAGAGCCAUUUUACUUGUGUGAGGUGUGCAUCCGUCAGCUUAACAAAGCUGACAUGCGGAACCACAUAUUAGGAAGUCUCCACAGAUUCAACUACAUUAAAGCCUGGCACCCACACUUACUGUCUGAAUGGCAGGAGAGCUCUGACCUGUCGAAGCUGGCCUGGCCACUGAUGGAGAAGGCCAAACUGCUCGAGAGGAAAGAGGGACCAGGAGAUGUCCAGUUAUUAGAGGUUGAAGAUGCUGUAUACCAGAGGAUGGCAACACACAGUGAAAAUGACGCAGUAGCUCUGAUAAAUUCCUUAAGGAAUGGACAGGGUAAGCCUGAGACUACAUCUUUGCACUAUCCCGUCCAGUCGCAGAGGAUAGUGUUGCUUGCACAGACCAAACAGAGAACAUCCGACAAACCCCUCAAGGCUGACGUGAAAUCACACAAGACCACACAGUCGGCACACAGCUCUCUGCCCGUUAGCCAAGAAAACCCCUCUGCCAAGUCCGAUGUCUGGGUGAAAGACGCCUCAACGUCACAGUUUGACAAUACUCAGACAUCGCCUGAGCCCUCGAUGGUAUUGGAGAAAAGCAGCAACUUUCUUGAUGACUUCCCCAGAACUAAGCCGCUUAUAGGCCUUUCCUGUGUGGUCGAGUAUAGAAGUGAGGAUGGCGGCUCGUACUGUUUCUUAUGCCACUGCUGCCGCAUCAAAUCAGACAAAAAGGACGUCAUCGAUCACCUAAGCAGCUCCUCCCAUCUCGUCAACUACUUGAUGGAAACUCAUCCAGAGCAGGUGGAGGGAAUGACUGCAGAUAUCAAAGACAACCAUCAGCUUGUCCAUUCACUGGCCGAGAAAGUGGAGCAAAAAGAGGGCAGAGGAGAGAUGAAGGUAGUAAAUGCACCAGAAUCCUUCUGUAUGCAACUCACUGGCAAAAGUUACCACUGGUGUGUAAAGGCUCUGACUAGUGGCUGGACGCAUACUAACAUCAGAAAAAAGACAAUAGGUGUCACAGGGUCGAGUGUGAAUGAGACGUCAGCUCGAGCUGUGCCACAGAAAUGCCAUGCAGCGCAGCCAAAAUGUGCAAAAAGACGGACAACAAAGAGGAAGAUGAAAAAGAUGAGGAAGAUGCCCGAUACUGUGUUCAAUGUAAGCCUGCCUCUUUCCAAAGGUUCAGUUCUGCUGAAGAGGUCGUGUUUCAGCAUGGACAGCCUCCCUGUGUGUUGUGCAUCACCUUCACCUGACGAGGACCUCGUUCUCUGGCCAGAGUCUCAGACAACGGGCUGUGAGCUGGACUGUGACACUGGAUCAUUUGAGGUUAACAAUGCAGGUUGCCACACAAUGUGCAAAAGCUCCCACCUACAGCAAGACCACUACAGUGGAGAUGCAAAUGCUGGUCAAUACGUACCGGAAAGACGCUUCUCCGGCACUCUGUUUCAAGAUGCGGGAGGAUAUGUCACUGAUGGUGUGUACGCCUUCCAGUCGGAGGACGUAACUGGGACGAAAGACAAUGAGAUGUAUGGGGAAAGGAAAUACAGCAGACAGCAUGGUUCUCAAUAUAUUUCACGUCAGACGUUCUUUAAAAAGUCGAGAAAUGAAUACCGAUGGACAGAAAACGAAGAACUGUUGCCUACUGUGUCCCACACUAUGACCUGGCCACCUUAUCGCUCUUCCUACCAGCAUGAGGAGAGAGGUACUGAGCAGUGGCACAAUCCAGCUUCACAGAGUAAAGCUGGAACAAGAGUGGAAGGCUCACGAGAAGAGAGCCACAAUGACAUGAGCUUUAAUGCUCUUCAACAUUAUUACCAGCAGCACCAGUACAUGGCAGUAGACACGAGUCAUCAGUACAACACAGCCGCUCCGACAGGCAGCGUGGGGCAUCACAAUGUGUCAGGUGAACUGGUCGCUUAUCCAAAUGCUGCCAAGACAAACAUGCAAACUCCUGUAGGAGAUUCUCUGGCAUACAGUGGCAGCAUUCCAUCAGCGUCUGGAGGACAGUUUCCUGAGAGUAAACUGAGACCAUCACAGACAUACAUGGGGUUCACCACUGAGCAUGUCCAGGCAGCUGCACAGAGUUAUGGGUCGCAGUCUACUGCCUAUCCAGCCUAUCAAAGCAUCCAAGUGCACCAGGGGUUGAUGUCUAACCCCAACCACAAUACUGGACCUUGGACAAACCCUGACCAGCACUUUGUUUAUCCUGCCAGCAACAAUGGUGGUGGUGGUGGGGUCCAAUGCUAUCAUCCAACCUGGCCAAGCUCUGUGUCAUGGGGCUCUCUCAGAUCUUAAUUGCAGAGCUUUGUGUAGAUGGAAAAGCUCCAUUUAUGAAUGCAUAUUCCAAUUUUCAUUUUUGGAAUAUAUUGCCAUACUUCAUUGAGACUUAAUUUCUGCUCAAAGAAUUGAUAUUCCCAUGGAAUUUAGUCACACUUAGGUGUUCAGGUGUGGGAUGCAAUUGCACUGGAGCAUGUUUUACACGUGGCUAUGUAUUUAGUUUCUAUCACAAAUGGGAGUCUGCUAGUGGAGGGCUGUUUUUGCAUCGUCUGAGAUCAGUAUUCAGCUUCCUCCUCUUUGAGUUUCAGCAGUGUUUUAUAACAUUCCACAUCCUUUAUGUGUAACUGACAGCGACUUUGCAAAAUAAGUCGGCUAUAAUCUAAAAACGAUUAGAUUUUGGUCCAGUAAAUGAACAUGAACAGUGAAACAUCUCCUUAGAUGUGCUUGAAAAUGUAGAGUCAGAAGGGACUGUUCAGCAGUUGCAUGAUGUGGUUGCAUAAGAACAAAUCCUUCACUGAUUUUGAAUUUAAAAUGUCUCCAUAGGUUAAAUUUAUAGUAGGGAGUUAGUAAACUGGAAUGGAGAAUUUGGGAAUUUAAGGGCAAAAGUGGAAUUUAUUCACGUUUCUUCCAUUUUUAAGUAAGUGUAAGAAAUAUUGUUAUUAUUGAGCUCAUUUGUGUUUACCAUCAGACAGUAUAUAUUACAGCUACAAUUGUAAUAUAUUGCACUGCACGCUGUCUGUUCUUUUGUUUGGUGUUAUAUAAAUUGUAUUAGUUUGAUGCCAUAUGCUGUGGAUUACCCCUGGAGGUUCCUUCAAAUCAGUUAACUGGCUUUUUCUUUAAGUGUAUGUUGUUGCUGUAAAAAAAAAAAAAAAAACUGACCUUAUGUCAUUCCAGACUGCUCAUGCUUGAAUUAUAGUGUUUACAGAACUGAUUUAAUAUACCAUGAACUCAAAUAAUAUGAGCUUGUUUCUUCUUUAUUUGGAAUUCAAAUGUCAUUAAAUACAGAUAGUUGAUGUUUUUUUUUUUUGUUUGUUGUUUUUUUUCCCAUUUUGAGGAGUGGGCCUUUAUUUAAAUGUAAAUUCCCACUGUUGUGGUUCACAAUAAAUUAGUUUAUGUUGGUCUUUUCA